GGGACACAGUAAACAUGGCUCUCCAACAGUUUGUGUGUGGUCUAACUGUGACAGUCCUUCUCUUGAGCACAGGUUGUCAAUCAGAGUUUGUUUGCGGCCUGGCUCCCAGGAACCUCAAAAUUAGCGGCGGUCGAGAGGCUUCUCCAGGAAAUUGGCCCUGGCUGGUUUCUAUCGCCGAGAACAGAACCAACAUCUGUGGAGGGUCCCUGAUUAACGAUCAGUGGAUAUUGACAGCUGCACACUGCAUGUCAGAGUCGGGAAAGGGCCUAACGAUUUACCUGGGCAGCCAAAGACAGUCAGUUUCAGACCCCAAUGAAGUGUCACGGACAAUCGCUGAGAUCAAGUGCCAUCCUUCAUACGAAGAGCUCACCAACGACAACGACAUAUGUCUCCUGAAGCUGUCGUCACCUGUGACAUUUAACUCCUUCGUAUAUCCUGUGUGUUUACCCACGGCCAACAGCACUUUCUACUCUGAGCUUAGCAGCUGGGUCGCUGGUUGGGGUUCCACUCGUCCUAAUGAGUGGAGGCCGUCCGACACCCUGCAGGAGGUCAAUCUGCCAAUAGUAGGAAACAACCAGUGUCGGUGCAAACAGAGAUUUCUCAUCACAGACAACAUGAUCUGCGCUGGAGGCAACAAGGAGGGGAACGACACAUGCAGGGGAGACUCUGGGGGCGCCCUGGUGAACAAGUUUGGUGGAAGGUGGGUCCAGAGUGGAAUCGUGAGUUUUGGAGAUGGCUGCGCUAAACCCGACACCCCGGGAGUCUACGUCCGCGUGUCACAGUACCAGGAAUGGAUCAAAAGCAUCACCAGCAAUAACCAAACGGGCUUUGUUCUCUUCAAAUCCCCCGGAGUCGACAAAGACGCAAACUCGACCUGUUCAACAUCAGCACCACUGAUCGCUACCACAAAAAUCCCCCAUCACACCCGCCCCAGAACCUUCAAACCCUCCACAACCGAGGACGACAAGAGCAUUUUUGGCGUGGGUGUAAAUCUGAAACCCUUCACUCACUUACUCUCGCUCUGCGUUCUUGCUCUGUCGCUGCACGCACUGGUUGGUCAUGCAUAACGUGGAAAUGUGAUAGUACCGCAUGUUUCACUGAGUACACAAGUGCAACCUUAAGCAACAUGGGUGGGGGGUGAUGUCAUUAUGAAGUCACAUAAUGACAUCAUACAGUGAGAUCAUUCCUAACAUAUGAUGAUGAAAUUAUAUAAGCUUUAGGUCAAAGUCCUGCAGAAAUACUUUUAAAAAUGCAUUUUUCAACUACUGUAUGUAUGAUGUUAUUAUCUGACUUCAAUGAUCAUAUAGAGAAUCAUUUUCUGAUCAAUACAAGCGUUAGAUUAUAUUUAGAUUACUUGUAGAGAUAUUUUGGAAUAAGGGUUUUUCAGACCAGGUAUUUGUUAAUUU